AUGGAAGGGAUACAAAUUCCUGAAAUAUAUAUUAACUCUGAUAUGAUUUUAUCUUUUGAUGAAGAGGCAUGUAAUUGGAAUGAGGCAUCCGACAAUACAAACAAUUCUCCAAAGACUCUGAAUACAAAUGCUCAAAAUACUAGUAACAAGCUAAAUGUAAAUGUGAAUGUAAACGUAAAUGGGAAUGUGAAUUACAGUCAUAGUAGUUCUAAGUGCAGCUUUAAUACAAACAACGUUUCAGAAGAAGUAAGUACUACGGAAUACAAUUCUAAAUCUCCAGAAAUCUUUAAAGGUAAUACGAAUAAGAAAAUAUCAGAGUCGAUUCCAUUUUCUCGGGAAGAAAUCCAAAAACCAAUUAUAAUAGACUGUUUGUUAAAAGAUCAAAAUCAAUUCAAAACUGAGAAUCAAUAUGUGGAAAAUUCACAAAGCUCCAAUUUAUUGUCGUUUAUGGAAGGUAAUUUAUCAGAAAAGGGUAAUUCUGACAAACUCAUAUCGGUCGAUAAAGAGAGUAAUAUUGCAAGGAGGCGUAGAGGAGAUCCAAAGCUUUGUUGGAGAUGUCACAAACGUGAUGCAACUCCACAUAUGAGAUCAUGUGAACCUUGCAGAGUCGCAGAUAGGCAAAGAUGGUCUAGAAGGAGGAACUUGUCAAAAAUUAUUUCAGGUAAAAGUGGGAUUAAUACGAAUCCCGAUAGCGGUAUUGGCUAUUUUAAUAGCCAACUAAAAGAUGAUUCAUCCAUUUCUCUUGGCUCAGAUAAUUUGAAACUUGAUGCAUUUCAUAGUGGAUAUAUCCAAAGCGGCGUACAAUUAAAAUGUGACAACCAAUAUAUUACUGGGGCGCAGGAUCACAUUCGAACUUUGAGUUCAGGAAUUUCUCAUUCUAAUAGCUCAAUACCGAUUUCAAGUAUUUCGCUUGCAUAUCCUUUUAAAAUGGAUCAAUGGCGUGACCAACAACAGUUCACAUCAUUAAGAGAAAAUAGAACUCAUCCAUGCGCAGAAAUAUCGCAAAACCUUUCUUACAUCACAAUUUCCUAUUUUCCAUCUUCAUUUAGUGGUCUAACAACGCUGCCUGUUAGUGCAAAGUUUGCCUCUGAUGGGUCAAUGAAUGGAUUGGAGACUCUCCCAUCUGUAGUUUUAUCGUUUAUUGUUGAUAAAUGUAAUGAGCAGCUACUUCAAAGACAAUUGGUAAGGCAAAAUCAUCAGAACUUAGUAUCUAGCAACCCACCGUGCAAUUCCCAAGUUGAAUCAGGACUUGGAAAUAUUCUAAUAAAUAGUUCAGAGGUUAACAAAAGUAUUAUUAAUGGAACUGGUGGCCUCGGCCAAUUCCAUAAUUUCCACUGUACGAAUAUUCACAGUAAUACAUUAGAUUCUAGAUUCUACUGUUGA